AGCUGCCACGCUCAUCAAGAUACAUAGUACGCCGUGGUUCCGCUUAUAUAAUAAGAUCAACGACUGCGCCCAGAGUGCUAUACCAAUUUCAAAAGUUUCGUUUGUCUAUCACAUUAAUCGCCAUGGCAUUACCUCGCGAAAAUGUAGAGUUUAACACAUGCGAUGGAACCACGCUUCGUGGUUGGUUCUACCCGCAAACAGAGUCAUCUGUUUGUAUUAUAAUGUCGCAUGGCGUAACUGGUAUACGACAUUAUUGGCUCCCAGCUUUCGCAACCCGCUUUCAUCAAGCGGGAUGCAGCGUGUUGCUAUAUGAUAAUCGCAACUGGGGUGAUAGCGAUGGACUGCCCAGACAGGAAUCAAAUCCAUCUCUUCAACAAACCGACUAUUAUGACGCUUUCAACUAUGCCAUUACGCUCCCCAAUGUAGACGCAUCAAGAGUUGUCUACUGGGGCACCAGCUUCUCCGGUGGCAACGUCAUAUACGCUGCUGCAGUCGACAAACGUAUUAAGGCGGCCAUCGUUCAAGCCCCAGCUGUUUCUGGUGAAACUAGGGCGGUGGCUUUUAAAGAUCGCAUUGGAGCUGUCUGGGAGGACCGAGCUCGUAUUUCAGCAGGGUCUGAACCAACCAAAGUGCCUGUGAUUGCGUCAGACCGAAACUCGGCAUCAAGUGACCGAGCAGUUAUGUUCCCCGGUUUGCAUGCGUAUGACAAGGUCGUUGGGAUGCAUGAUUGCGGUGGCAAAUGGGAAAACUAUGUUACAGCGCAAACGCAGCUGCAUAUGCUGGAAUUUGAGUCACAGUCAAUGAUUCACAGGGUGAGUCCGACACCACUGCUGAUGGUGAUACCGGGAAAUGAUAUCUUGGUAUCCACUUCCUCGCAAUUGGUUGCGUUUGGCAAAGCAAAGGAGCCGAAACAGCUUGUGUAUCUUGAAGGCGCAGGUCAUUUUGAUAUUUAUGAAGAUUCAUACUUCGAAGGGAACAUUCAGGCACAGCUUGAGUUUCUCCGGGAAAACGUCGGGCUUGGGCGUUGAGCGGUGGCGAGAGUAUUAUUCGGG